UUCGGCGCUCGGGAGGCCGAGUCCGCACGAAGAUGGCGGCGCCGCUCGUCCCCCUCUCGCAGCAGAUUCCCAGUGGAAAUCCGUUAUAUGAAUCUUACUACAAGCAGGUGGACCCUGCCUACACAGGGAGAGUUGGGGCCAGCGAGGCUGCGCUGUUUCUGAAGAAGUCAGGGCUCUCUGACAUCAUCCUGGGGAAGAUAUGGGACUUGGCGGACCCUGAAGGUAAAGGGUUCUUGGACAAACAGGGUUUCUUUGUUGCACUGAGAUUGGUGGCCUGUGCACAGAGUGGCCAUGAAGUCACCUUGAGCAAUCUGAACCUCACCAUGCCACCACCGAAAUUUCAUGACACUAGCAGCCCACUGAUGGCCACACAACCGUCUACAGAGACCCACUGGGCUGUGCGCGUGGAGGAGAAGGCAAAGUUUGAUGGCAUCUUUGAAAGCCUUCUACCAGUCAAUGGUCUACUCUCUGGAGACAAGGUCAAGCCAGUCCUUAUGAACUCGAAACUCCCUCUGGAUGUGCUGGGCAGGGUCUGGGACCUCAGUGACAUCGACAAGGAUGGACAUUUGGACCGAGAUGAGUUUGCUGUGGCCAUGCAUUUGGUGUACCGCGCCUUGGAGAAGGAACCAGUGCCCUCCGUCUUGCCCCCAUCCCUCAUCCCACCCUCCAAGAAGAAAAAGACAGUGUUUGCGGGAGCUGUGCCUGUCCUGCCUGCCAGCCCCCCACCCAAAGACAGCCUCCGCUCCACGCCAUCCCAUGGCAGCGUCAGCAGCCUCAACAGCACAGGCAGCCUGUCUCCAAAGCACAGUGUCAAGCAGACUCAGCCGCCAGUAGCCUGGGUGGUGCCAGUGGCAGAUAAGAUGCGCUUUGAUGAGAUCUUCUUGAAGACGGACCUGGACCUUGAUGGCUAUGUGAGUGGCCAGGAAGUAAAGGAGAUCUUCAUGCACUCGGGCCUCACACAGAACCUUCUGGCACACAUUUGGGCCCUGGCUGAUACGAGACAAACGGGGAAGUUAAGCAAAGAGCAAUUCGCGCUAGCUAUGUAUUUCAUUCAGCAGAAGGUCAGUAAAGGCACCGACCCUCCUCAAGUCCUCUCGCCAGACAUGGUGCCACCCUCGGAGAGAGGCACUCCUGUUCCAGAUAGUUCGUGUGCUCUUGGGUCAGGGGAAUUCACUGGUGUUAAGGAGCUGGAUGACAUUAGCCAGGAGAUCGCUCAGUUGCAGAGAGAGAAGUACUCCCUGGAACAAGACAUCCGAGAAAAGGAAGAGGCCAUCAGACAGAAAACCAGCGAAGUACAGGAGUUACAAAAUGACCUAGACAGGGAAACCAGCAGUCUGCAAGAACUUGAGACACAGAAGCAGGAUGCCCAAGACCGCCUGGAUGAGAUGGACCAGCAAAAGGCCAAGUUGCGGGACAUGCUGAGUGAUGUGCGGCAGAAAUGCCAGGAUGAGACCCAGAUGAUCUCAUCAUUGAAAACCCAGAUCCAGUCUCAGGAGUCAGACUUGAAGUCCCAAGAGGAUGAUCUCAACCGGGCCAAGUCAGAGCUGAAUCGGCUGCAGCAGGAGGAGACACAGCUGGAGCAGAGCAUCCAGGCGGGACGUGCCCAGCUGGAGACCAUCCUCAAGUCCCUGAAGUCCACGCAGGAUGAGAUCAACCAGGCAAGAAACAAGCUGUCACAGCUUCAGGAAAGCCAUCUAGAAGCUCACCGGAGCCUGGAACAGUACGACCAGGUGCCUGAUGGGGUCUCUGGCACCAGCCUGCCUGACCUGGCCACCCUGAGUGAAGGCGUCUUGCUGGCAGAGAGGGGCGGCUUUGGAGCCAUGGAUGAUCCUUUCAAAAACAAAGCCUUACUGUUUAGCAACAACUCCCAAGACCUGCAUCCAGACCCUUUCCAGGCAGAAGACCCCUUCAAAUCCGACCCGUUUAAAGGAGCUGACCCCUUCAAAGGUGACCCCUUCCAGAAUGAUCCCUUCGCAGAGCAGCAGACCAUAGCCACAGACCCAUUUGGAGGAGACCCUUUCAAAGAAAGUGACCCAUUCAGUAGUUCAACCACUGAUGACUUCUUCAAGAAACAGACAAAGAAUGACCCAUUUACCUCAGACCCCUUCACGAAGAACCCUUCCUUACCUCCAAAGCUCGACCCUUUUGAGUCCAGUGAUCCUUUCUCUUCCUCCAGCAUCUCCUCAAAAGGAUCAGAUCCCUUUGGAACCCUAGACCCUUUUGGAAGCGGCUCCUUCAGCAGUGCCGAGGGCUUUGCUGACUUCAGCCAGAUGUCCAAGCCCCCACCUUCUGGCCCCUUCUCCUCCUCCUUGGGAGGCACAGGAUUCUCAGAUGACCCCUUUAAAAGUAAACAGGACACUCCCGCUCUGCCUCCGAAGAAGCCCGCUCCUCCACGGCCCAAACCGCCCAGCGAAGCAGCAGCUGGACAGAAAGGCGCGGCCGUGUACACACUGCUGGGUGGUAGGUACAGAUGUGUGUGGGGUGCAUGUAAGCCCAGCAUCCUAUGCUGUGGUUGUGCCAAUCUCAUGCUAGUCUCUAACCAUGCAGGUACCGCCAUGGUACCAGUGCACAGCUCAGGAUCCUCCCUCGCCUUAGCUGACUUGUUAAUUAGCCCUGUUUGAUGGGAAAGCAUUUGGCAUCAAGUGCCUGGUUCAUGCAUGGAUUUGGAGCCAAAUCUUGCUGUGUCUCAGCCAAAUCUUCCUGUGUCCCACCCAUACCACACAUGCCACAGCUACUCUCACAGGUGGAUGGGGCAACAGUUCACACUGACCAACUUCCACUGCUGGACUUUCUGUCUUCUGACCACUUAAGAAGGGACAUAGCCAAGCUGAAGUGGGGCCUUUAUUUUAUUUUAUGUCUGAGACAGGAUCUCUGUCAUAACCUGGAACUCGACAAUUCUCCUGCCUCAGACUUCAUGCCUCGUCAUGCCCUGUUUUUGGAUGGUGCUUUUCUGCCCACCUUUUUUCCGCAGUGUACAGCCAUAAUAGCCCUCAGCUCCAUCGUUCAGACCCUUGCGAUAUCACAUGUGGAAUUCAGCAUGGCUAGGAAGGGAUGGAGGAGGUAGGGCACCCUGCUCCCAAGGACCCCUACGGGUGGUGUACCUGGCCAAGAACAUGUGGCGAUGGCAGCUUCUCCAGACUGUGUUUUAGCUGAUUCAAGCAGGAAUCCUGAGAGACAGUGGCUUUCCUCAUUGUGACUGCCCUGCAUGUGACAUAUGCUACCAUCUUCCUGUCCAGGCUUUUCUAGCCCAGGGACAGAGACUCUCUGAAAAACCCUGCUUAGUCCCUGUGCCUAGAAGUGACCACUUAGCUUUGGUCCACCUGUCCAACAGAAAUCUAAGGAGUUGUUCAGUCAGGCUGCUUUUGGGACAUGAGGGCCUCAGGCAGAUGUCCAUGGGCUCUUGGACGCAUGCCCAAAGCUCACCCUGCCUCAGUUUUCCACAGCCUGGGCCCAGGCUUGUAGGUAAAGCACACGGCAUGGUGAAUGGUGUACAGGUCUGCCUUGCGUUCUGUGUGCACCCAGCCGACCCAGGUGUAGGGUCCCCUGAGGGUCGUCGCUCAGGAUGUGUAGUUUGGGUCUGGGUGGCAUUUAUACGUGCUGCGUUUUCCCAGCUCCAUGUCUCCCGGGUCUGCUGUUUAUCCUGUCUCAGUUCAGUUCACAUAGGGAUCAGCUGCGUCUGUUGUGGUCCCCCACCCAGUGCCAAGGAUACAGUUCUUUCCUUGAAGCUACAGAGUAUGUGUCUUAGGCUGCUGGGGUGUGCAGAAAAGUUAGGUGUUUUGAAAGCACUGCAUUUUCAUGCCUGGAGAUCUUUUCUAGAAAGGUCUGUCAAGGUAUUGAAUAACCUGCAGGUGUCUGUCUGAGCCUGAGGCAACUGUACUGCUUUCAGACACAUGCAAAACAGCCUGAAAACUGCCAGUGAGCGCACACCUCCCCCAGGUAAACAGUGGUGUAUUUUCUGCAACGGACGAAGACGGAGAUCAGUCAGAACUCACCGCUAAAGUUUCUAGGUAAAAGUUGUUGAUUUGCAAAGAGAGAAACAGAUUUUUUUUUUUAAGUGCAGGAAACGGCUGUGUGGGCGUCAGUGAUUGGGCUGCCUGAGAUAGCGGAAUCCUGACGGGCCCCACCCUGCCACUUCCUGCCAGUGCUGCCCUGCGGCUCCCAGCAGAGCCUACCCGCUGCCCCAGUGGCACCCACUCACCAGCCAGUCACCUUUAACCUCUCCCCAAGUUAAUGAUCAUCUAUAUUACUACUCAUGACCUUUCCUCUACAAGGCCAGGCACACCAUAAGGAUAAGGUCAUAGUAGCUUUUUGCCCCUUCCCACAAUGCCACCAGCAGUACAUUUAAGUUAGCAAAUAUCUCUCACUCAGGCCACAUGAGAAUGGUCCGGACUUGUAUUGAAUUUGAUGCCCUUUCCAAAGCAGAAGCAAAAAGUCACUUCUUUAAGAAAAAAAAGUCACUUCUACCAGGACAGACACAUCCUUUCCCACC